CUCUCUGUUUGUCUGUUUGUCUUUAGUCAUCGUCCCGGUUGGGGAUAUGGUGAGGAUUUUGUAAGGAUUCCUUUCCGUUCCAUUGAUGGGGAAACCAUCGUGCAGCGACCCUUUGCAAUGUUACCGACAGUCAUUCGGUGUAGAUACGUACAGCCAACCUGUGUGGCCGGUUUGGAUGCAAUUUCUUGGUGAAUUUAGUUUAGGUGCAAAAUCCACACGGCGGAACUGAAUCAGUCAUCUCUUGAACGGUGGAAAGGAGAAUCGGGGCAGGUGUCUGUGUUUUUUUUGGGUUGUGCAUUCAGGAUUAUGGAACUGCAGUGUUGUCUUUGACGCCGGUGCAUUCUAGUCAUGGCCUUCCAGAGUUAUAGCUCCUCGGACCAGUUACUGCAUCGCCAGCGGGAACGGAUUUUUGGUGGUGGUGGUGGUGGUCUCAAUACAACACGGAAGCUGUCCCUCUUCUUUGCCACGCUCUGUGUGGUCGAUCUGUUCGGUGUGUUUCCUAUCGUAGCCCUACCAAAGUCGAUCAUUUCCUGUGGAUUGUACGGCGCACCGUUGGUACUGUUCGUGAUUACACUGCAAAUCUACACGGCGGUCGUGCUGGGGCGUUGCUGGACCAUUGCCGAAAAGUUGGAUCCAUCGAUAGUGGCUAAAAAUCGAUAUCCAUAUGCAGCGAUCGCGGAGUUUACCUACGGCAGACGGAUGAGCGUGUUCGUGACGGUGCUGCUGGAUUUGACAGUGUUCGGAGGUGGAAUUCCGAACUUACUAGUAGCCGCACAGAACCUGCAGCUGCUUGGGUCACGGGUCAGUGGGGGCUCGUUUGAGAUAUCAUUCUGCUACUGGCUGUUAAUAAUUGGUCUGUUUCUUUGUCCGAUUAUGUGGCUCGGUAGUCCAAAAAAUAUGCGAACUCUCGCUAGCAUAUCGGUGGUUGUUUGUAGCAGUGUGGCCAUACUUACGUGGAUCUCGAUCGGGGAGGAUCGGUCGGGAAGUUUCACACCGUUCAAGGAUAUUACGCUCGGAUUGCCACCAUUCGUGCAGCUAUUAAAAGCGUACGGCAUAAUAGCGUUUCAGUUCGAUAUUCAUCCAAUGUUGCUGACGAUACAGGUGGACAUGCAACACAAGCGACAAAUCGGAAAGGCGGUACUAUUUGGCAUCUUGACCACUUGCACACUGUCCAUGAUCACUACCUUCCUGACGGCCUAUCGGUACGGAAUGGAUGCUACCAACAACGUGCUGCAGAUUUUACCCCGAAGCUGGUCACUUUACCUGACGAUUCUGUUGGUAACUUUACAACUGUGUCUAUCCAGCGCCGUAGGUAAUUCAGCAUUAUUUCAACACAUCGAAGAUCUGCUCGGAGCUUCAAGAGAUUUUACCAUCAAAAGAUGCAUUAUAAGAUCGACGCUCGUAUGGUUGGGUGUAUUAAUAGCAGAAAUUUUACCCCGGUUCGAUUUGGUAAUGGGAAUCAUCGGAGGCACAUUAACAGGGCCGCUCAUCUUCAUUCUACCUCCGCUGUUUUACCAACGCAUGCUGGAGCUGGAGAAAAUCUACAGCCAGGAGCUGAAACGAUCGUACUCAACCGAAUCCUCACAGAUGUCGGACGAUCAUUUGGAAGAUUCGGACAUCGAAACAAUCGGUGACUCACGGCGCAGCUGGUACGGUUCAAUUGGAUCGCAAGGAUCGACAUUGUCCAUGGCGAAAAUACGAGACAAUUGUAACAAAUGGAUUGAACUGGUGGCUAUUCGCUGUAAGCAGAUAUGCCACUUCAUGUACAGUGAUUGCAUUCUGGCGGGAUCGGUAAUUGUGUUUGGGAUAGCAGCAACAUUGGCAUCUACGUACUACAACAUGUUCGACAUACGAGAAACGCAGCUGUGGUUUUCAUGUCUCAGUGCUUGGCGACGAUGAGCAAUUACUGCAAUGUACAUUUCGCCAAAUAAAAAAGCACAUUUCUAGUAGAAUGCGAUUAUUAUAACCACCAUUAUCUGUAUAAUGAUUUUGAAGAGGCGAAAAUGCAAACUUUUGCAACAAGAAUAACUCCAUCCCAUUCAGCAGAUGGAGGUAAAAGCUUGUGACUGUGGUAGGAGUGAAAAUAUCAAUCUAAACUAUUAUUUUGAGUUAAUAAAAUGAUAACAUUUGCGUGGCAUAUUUAAU